AUGCGACGUUUCCUAAGCAAGGCGAUUGGUGUUCUUACUGGACUUACGCUGCUUCUGCCCUCAAUGAUACUAGCACAGGAUACGGUGCCACCACAACUAUUUGGCUGUUCUGCUGUGGAUGUAGCAGGAAUAUCUGUGGGCACCACAGCACAGACUUCAACUGGUACCUGGCAAACACCCAGUGGCUUCAAUCUUCAGCCCGGAGGAGGAUUUACCACCCCAUUUGAGACAAAAAACAUCUAUGGCCAGACGUCAGGGUCCACGCAAUUCAAUUAUGGCUUCACUACCGUCGGUUAUCGGUUUGUUGAUAACCCUCCAACAAGUCCUCCGCAAAACAACGCAUACUGCACCUUCUUUGUGAGGAUGGGAGUCAACAAUGAUGGUACCAUACCAACAGUGCUUAACUGCCCAGAGAGCAUCACUCAGCCUAUAGCAUCCAGUCAGACUACCGCAGUGGUGAGCUGGACUGAGCCAAGAGCCACAGACAAUAAUGGCGUGGUGCGACGUUCCUGGCGGUCACAUGCCCCCAACACUGCCUUUCCUGUUGGAACUACCCCGGUUACUUAUCAGUGGAUCGACCCAAGCAAUGCCAACUCGCAGGCUCAGUGCGUGUUCACAGUGACUGUUUCCACUACAGGAACGGAUGGUGUGGUGCCUUCUUUGACCUGCCCUGCUGAUGUUGUUGCUAGUGCAAAUGGCACUGCCACCUGGACUCCGCCAACACCAACUGAUGCUUCGGGGAUCGUCUCCACCACCUCAACCUUAACCCCAGGAUCAGUAGUCCAGGAGGGUUUCACCACCGUCACCUACAAUACUGUUGAUGGUACUGGCAACCGAGCCUCCUGUUCCUUCAUAGUGCGAAGAAUACCAAGUGACCAGUAUGUGCCGGUCAUCACAAGCUGUCCAACAAAUAUCCAGCAAACAGUGACCAGUAGUGGCGCCAGUGGUAUUGUGACAUGGACAGAACCAACAGCUUAUGAUGACGGUGGGCAUGUGCGGCUCGUCAUGCAGACUCACUCUCCCAACACUGCUUUCCCUGUUGGCAUAACACCAGUGGAAUACCGAUUUCAAGAUACACGAGAGAAUGUUGCUAGAUGUGUCUUCACGGUUGAACUCACUGUUACAGGCGGUGACGCCACACCACCAACAUUUACUAACUGUCCCACAACAUCGCCUGUCUUCACAAUCACUAGUGGGUUAACGACGUUUGUAACUUGGCCUGUACCACAAGCAACAGACAACCAAGGCACACCCACUGUGACACAGAUUCAAGGGGUUUCUCCUGGCACUAACUUGGCUGCUGGACAAUACACCAUCCGGUACCAAGCCCAAGAUGCAGCUGGUAACACUGCAUUCUGCAUGUUCACAGUCUUGGUUCAACAAUUAGGUAGAGAAAAUUAG